AUGAGAUUUAUUUCAAAGACUUUUGCCGAGUGGAUCUGGUAUUAUUUCCUGAAUAACAAGACUCAAUACUUUAUUCACAUCGGAUUGGAUAAUCAUAGGAUCGGAGGAGUUGUGGAUAAUUUACUGAUCAAGAUGAAACGAUUGAAGGUUAUUGAUUUGUUUACAUUCAAUUCUUUGGAUUUCUGGUCAUUAACAGAUGUGGGUUUGUGUGAGCUUGGACGAUUGUCAAUGGAAGAGUUGAGGUUGAGUGCUGCAACUUGCGUGUCUGGAAGUUUCAUUGUUGAGUGGAUAAUGAAUGCAAGUCCAUUGUUGGAAUCUUUGAAAGUAUUGACACUUACUAAUCUUAAAACUGAAUAUUUUCACUUGUUGAAAGAGUUUAAAAAUUUAAAAACUCUCGAGUUGAUGCGUCUUGUAUCUGAACGAAAGCUCCAUGAAGAAGAAAUGGAUCAAACCGUGAUUGGGUUUCCUCAAUCUUUGACAGAGUUUCGUUCUAACUAUCCACUAACACGCAAGAAUAUUGAGGAUAUCACACAACAAUGUCCAAAUUUAACAGUUUUGGUUAUCAACCCUAGUUAUUUUGAUGAUUCUAUCCUGUCAUUAGUACUUUCCAAUGUUUCACAAAAGAUUGAAAAAUUUUCCCUCUUUGCUCGAGACACACUAUCAAAUAUAACUGGUUCAUUCUUUUCAGUAUUUUCAUCUAAUUCAUUCUCCCAUUUGAAAAAGCUCAAGGUGGCAUGGAAAUCAACUUCUGAUGAAACAAUAUUGAAUCUUCAAAAGAAUUUGGGUCUCCUUUCAAGAACAUUAGAAAGAUUGAAUGUUGUUUUCACUAAUGAAUAUGAUCCCUCAUAUGAGUUAGAUACAUUGCUAGGUUGUCUCUGUAAUCUCUCUAAGUUGUCUAAAUUAACAUUACAAUUUCCGAGAAAUUUUCAAUUUACAAUUUUAAAAGAAGAUAUUUUGGAACAAUUGAAAAGUUGUUUACAACUCAGAAUUCUUAAAAUUUAUGGAGGUACUAACGAAAUAAUUUGUUUUAAUGUUGUUAAGGCUUUAAUAGGACAACAUUUGGAAAAACUGCUGUACCAUACUGAUACUUAUAUUGAUAUUGAAGAGGAACCAUUCUUUUUCCAUGACUGUGAAGAUUUAAAAAUUUUGGAUCUGCAAGGUGAACAGUUCGAAGAUAAAAUUAUUCAUCAAAAUAUCCAAGCAAUAGUAAAUUGCAAACUGGAAGAAGUUUUAGUUAUGUCCAAUGAAUUUUUCAAAUCUUCUAAGAAAACCUUAGAACUUAUUGCAGAAAAGAAAGCAAAAAUAGAUACAGAGUUCACAGAAACAGAAAUUGAGCCAAUAUUGAAACCUAUAGGAGAAGACCUUUACCAAUUUGUGCAGGAGAAUAUUCCACCACAGAAAAAAGAUUAUACCAUUCAUAUUGCAGAUGUUAAGGUACCAAAAACUGGCCCUUUUAAUACUAGCUAUUAUUCUGAACCUUUCAUACAGUUUGGACACGAGUGGGUUGUGGACCUUCUGCCAGAUGAUGAUGAUUUUCUCAAGUUUAAAUUUGUGGUUGGGAUGAAGAAAGUUGAGGAAGAACCAUUCAAACCUUUCAACAAUAUUGAAAUGUUCCAUGUUGGAAGAAAGGAAUUAUCCUCAACUAAUUAUCCUCCUAUUGUUCAUAGAUGGGCAGCAGAGUUUCCAUUAUCCAUACAUACUUUGACAUUUCGUGUUAGUCCUGAUAAUAUUGAUAGAUGUUGUUAUUCAGAUAAGUUCACAGCAUUUGGGGCCAAGUUUUCAGCUUGUUUCGAUCACUUGGGUGUUGCCAAAAAGAAAACCAUCAAUUCAUUCAAAAAGUGUUUCCAAGAGCAUGCCGAUAAUCCAGAAAACUUGUUUAGAAAGGUUGAAAUGUUUAUUCACGAAUCACUCAAGUUGAAUUAUUUCCAUGGUUUUUUGAAAAGUGACUUGUUUCAUAAUUACUUGAUAAAAAGUGGCAAGACCAUUGAUAUUCUACAUGAAAUUGGGACCCUCAAAGAAGGUAUAGAGUAUAUGGCUGUUGAAUCAAUGGCCGAUUUGAAAAAUCAAAACUUUUCACUUGGUGAUUUUGCCUUCCUUAAAAGAAAAGUGUUUUGUGGAGAAACUAUCAACAAUAGAGAAUGGAUUUUGGCAGUCAAUCAGAAACAAUACAAGUGCUACUUUACAAAAGACAAGUAUGAUUUUGGAAAUAGUGUUGGAUUGAAAUUUUUCAAAUUUGAAAUUCUCUUUCCUUACAAUGUAAAACAAGUUUUGAAAACUUUUACCAAUCAAGAAUAUAGACAAAAGAUAGAUGAGUACAUUUAUGAUAUUCAAACGGUGAAAUAUGUUGAAGAGCCUCACAUUCAAACAAAGGACAAACUCUUCACAUCAGUCAUAAAUCAUGAAAAGUACAAACUCAUUUGGCCAAUCAAGGAUCGAGAAAUCAUUGUCUGCACCAGCUCAGUACACGAUCGAGUGAGCAAUCUGUACAUUAUAGGAUUCAAGAGUUGUGACUCGUUGUGUUUGGAAGAAAAUCCAGAGCACCAAUUACACAAUGAAAAACAAGAGAAAUCCAAAAAGAAAAUCAUUAAGGCAUGUGUAGUGGGCGGUUGGUUCUUUGAAUCCCUCUCGGAAAAUGAAACUAAAUUCCAUGAGAUUUACUAUAUUGACAUGAAAGGAUCCAUUCCAAAAUUAAUGAUGGACAAGGUCAUUACCAACCGAGCCAGUAAAUUCUACAAGCUUGGACUCAAAUACUUGAAGGAGAAUGAAAGGAAUGGUUUUCCAAUUCCUCAAAGAGAUGCCUACCUCUAUCAGCUAUUCAAAAAGAAUGGUGAUAUUUAUCUGAGAUGA